GGCGGCCGCAAACUGAAUCUUUAUAUGAAUCAAAUUUCAAAACUCUCAUUCAUUUUAAUAAAAUCAAUUAAUAGCAAAGUAACCUCAAAUUGAGGCCAACAGGCAUCGCCAUAAAUGAAGAGAUUCAAUCUCUCCCAUCUCCAACUUCCAUUCAUCAUCCUCUGUUUCUUCUCCUCUGUUUCAUCUCUCAAGAUUGGAGAAACAUGUUCGAACUCUUCAAGCUCCGGCGCCGCCUGUGACGCCGGGUUAACAUGCCAGACCUGCCCUGCCAACGGCAAUACUCGCCCCAGAUGCACCCGGAUCCAACCACUCAACCCGACAUCAGUGGUGAAAGGGCUGCCAUUUAACCACUAUUCAUGGUUAACCACGCACAAUUCUUACGCGCUGUCAGGGGCAAAAUCGGAAACUGGAUCCAGCAUUCUCUCUCCCACUAACCAGGAUGACUCCGUUACCAGCCAACUAAAUAAUGGGGUUCGAGGACUUAUGCUAGAUAUGUAUGACUUCGAGAAUGACAUCUGGUUAUGUCACUCAUUCGGUGGCAAUUGCUACAAUUUCACGGCAUUUCAACCCGCCAUUAACGUGCUGAAAGAGAUAGAAACGUUUAUGGAAGCAAACCCUUCAGAGAUCAUCACCAUCUUUAUUGAAGAUUAUGUCACAUCCCCACAAGGCUUGACCAAGGUUUUCAAUGCUUCUGGUUUGAAUAAAUACUGGUUUCCAGUGUCAAAUAUGCCCAAGAAUGGUGAAGAUUGGCCUUCGGUGGAUGAUAUGGUGAAGCAGAACCAGCGGUUGGUUGUUUUCACCUCCAAAUCAUCUAAGGAGACAUCUGAAGGGAUAGCCUAUGAAUGGAGAUACGUUGUAGAAAACCAAUAUGGAGAUGAAGGGACGCAAGCGGGUUCAUGUCCAAGUCGUGCUGAAUCUUUUCCUAUGGAUACCAAAAAUGUAUCUCUAGUUCUUCAGAACUUCUUCCCUACUAAUCCUAAUGUGAUAGAAGCCUGUGCGAACAAUUCAGCUCCUUUAAUCAGCAUGAUGAACACCUGUUAUAAAGCAGCUGGAGAUCGAUGGCCGAACUUCAUUGCUGUAGAUUUUUACCAGAUGAGUGAUGGCGGAGGAGCUCCAGAAGCUGUGGAUGAGGCAAAUGGUCAUCUCACUUGUGCUUGUGACAGUAUAGCUUACUGCAAGGCAAAUGGAACAUCCGUUAGCUGCGAUAUCCCUCCCAUUUCUCCACCUCCACCUGCGGCUUUAUCAACCACACCGACGCAGACACAAGUUCCCUCCAGCUUUGCUCCUAGAGACAGCAGAACAGCCUCAUUGCAGUGGUUGCUGGGAACAAUUUUAGUCACCAAUCUUCUGUUGCAGUUGUACUAAUAGUCUCCGGUUUCCUUCUCUACUGUUGUCCUUGUAUAUUUUUUUGAACCACAUAAUGUGUCUUUACUCGAAUUAGUUACCCUGUUUUUUCGUGAGCAUUUUAUUGCAGAUGUAUUUUUAUUCAUGUCAGUUAUAGUAUGAAUUAAUCAUGAAAAUUGCAUAAAAAUAAAAGAAUCCUCUAUGG